UCGGCAUUUUCUUCUUCGUUAUGUUGUCUUUUUAUUUCCUCUAUCAUUUUAUGCUGCUGUUUUACGGAAAUGCCCAUGUUGUUUUGAGUGCGCAGAACUGGGACGAGAAACCCAUUUGACGAAAAUUCUCGUAUCUAAGUUACCUAGCUCCUCCACUAUACAUUACCGUUCAAUAGAGGUCACCAUGACACUACAACGAGGCUUUCCGGUAACUCGGCUAUCUUAUUUAUCAUCAUGCUCCAAGCUUGCCGGGCAGAAAGCUCACUUCAGUACGUCAGGUCAGAUGAACCUGCGUCAACGACCACUACGCCGACAAACAAGCCGUAUUUCCAACCAAGCACAGCAAGUCAGUCCUGCAACUUCACCAAUUGCAGUCACGCCAACCUUAAGUUCGAACGUGAAGACUGAGGAACCCGGAAGCCAGCCAUCUGCUCAGGAGAUUAUCGUGCCAGGCUUUUCUCUCCAUGAGAGUACCUCGAAACCACGAAAGGUCAAGCCGCGAGGACCAUUGCCUAAGGGAAUCAAGCCCUAUCAGCAGGUUUUAGUAGAGAGUGAGUCCAUCUGCUUCAAGCAUGGCUCAACUUCGCCAGUCGAUGUGCCGAAAGAAGGCAGACCUGCUCUUGCAGCAGCCGAAAAGUUCUUUGAAGAACGAUACCAAAUACUCUACUCUGCCGAAAACCUUCAUGACCACCCCCAAAACGACCACAUCCCGGAAAUUGUUGUACUGGGUGCCUCCAAUGCUGGAAAAUCAUCUUUCCUCAAUGCUCUUCUCGGUGAUCGGGAAAUAGCCAAGGUGAGCCACAAGCCAGGCAAGACUACAACGAUGAAUGCGUAUGGUGUUGGGCCACGUCCCAAGAUUGCCAAGGAGCUCAUUCGCAAAGGUGAUUCACCGCCAAAGCACAGUCUGGUGCUUAUGGAUACCCCAGGUUACGGAUUUAAAAGUCAAGAGAACUGGGGAAAGACUAUCCUAAAGUAUCUCAACGUCAGGAACAUGCUUCGUGGCGCAGUGAUCUUGAUACCGGCCGACAAGAAGCUCCAAGAAACGGAUAGAUGGAUGCUCAGAACACUUGCUCAAUCUAACACUCGAACAUUGGUUGUCAUCACCAAAGCGGAUAAGCCUGGGAAGGAGUGGCAAGAUGCAUGUCACAGGCUUCAUACUCAGAUCGAAGCCAUCAUGCGCGGUCUAGAGGCCCGAUCAGCUGCCACUUGGAGGGAAGGGCCCGGGCGUAUGCUCGAUAUUUAUGCCACAGCCUCCAAAAUUGCCUUCGUAUCCCGCCGGCUUGGUAAUGGAGGUGGUAUUGGGGGUGUAAGACUUGCAAUACUGGAGAUGGCUGGCUUUUCUCUGGGAGACAAGAUCGAAAAGCAGCCCGAGACAAAGGCUUAUACUGGGAAGGUUGUCUCUUUUGAUGAUAUCGUCUGGAAAUCAUGAGCUUGAGUGUCGAAACCCAAUCGACUCAUAUAUAUAGUAUCUAGCUCAUGAAUAUUGUACAAUAGUUGGUUCAACAUGAUCAAAAUACCUCAUAUGGAGAGAAGCAAGUUGGUGCGAGGGCCAGCCUCAGCUUUAAUAAUGUAUUAAUACAGCCUUGAAGGGGUAGAUGCCCGUCUGUGCCUUGCUCC